CAUGGGUCCAUUGCUUCUUCCUCUUUCAUCUUCUCUCUUACCGUUCCUUCAUUUUUUUUCAUAUUCAUAUACUAAUUCAUAUAUUAAUUCAUACAACUUAACUAUUUCAUAUAUUUCAAGUUUUUAAGCUAUGGCUGGAAUGUGUUGUGGUGUUGUUGGUGAAGGUGACUCACCGGCGAGUUCACGUCCCUCCCGGCGCCGGAAUUUGGACUUACUACCAUUCAAAUACAUCGCCGACAUGGCGUCCGGAACUUCACGGAAACGCCGGCAACCAGAUCUUAAGAAGGAUUUCGAAAGCUGUGAAGACUCAAGCGACGAGAAAAGUGACAGAAGUAAGAAAAACAAGAAGGAAGAUAGAGAAAAACCUUCAACAGAAGGUAAUUUCGAAGUUGAAGAGUGUCCAAAAUUCGGUGUUACUUCAGUUUGUGGUAGAAGAAGAGAUAUGGAAGAUUCAGUUUCAGUUAAACCUUGUUUCUCUUCACAAGAACCUUUUCACUACUUCGGUGUUUUCGACGGUCACGGUUGCUCUCAUGUUGCUACUAUGUGUAAAGAGAGACUUCACGAAAUUGUGAAGGAAGAAAUGAACGAAGGACAAGAGAAUUUAGAAUGGAACAACACCAUGCAACAAGGCUUUGCUCGCAUGGAUGAUGAAGUUCAAAGAUGGAACAGCAGUAGUCAAAGUGUUACUUGUAGAUGUGAGCUUCAAACUCCUCACUGUGAUGCUGUUGGAUCCACAGCUGUUGUAGCUGUUGUUACUCCAAACAAAAUUAUCGUUUCAAACUGUGGUGAUUCAAGAGCUGUUCUUUGCCGUAAUGGUGUCGCUAUUCCUCUCUCCUCAGAUCAUAAACCGGAUCGACCCGAUGAAUUACUCCGAGUCGAAGCAGCCGGAGGACGUGUGAUCUAUUGGGAUGGUCCAAGAGUUCUUGGAGUACUUGCCAUGUCUAGAGCCAUAGGUGACAAUUAUUUGAAACCUUAUGUGAUAUCUGAGCCUGAGGUAACGGUAACGGAACGAAAAGAAGAAGAUGAGUGUUUGAUCCUAGCGAGUGAUGGACUAUGGGAUGUUGUUUCAAACGACACUGCUUGUGGUGUUGUAAGGAUGUGUUUGAAGGCACAGAAGCUGCCGGGGACACCGGAAAACAACGAGGUGACGACGGAUGGUUCUGAUAGGGCAUGUUCCGAUGCUUCAAUUUUGUUGACUAAGUUGGCUUUGGCAAGACAUAGUUCGGAUAAUGUUAGUGUGGUGGUGAUUGAUUUGAGGAGAGAUCAACGACAAGCAUCAAAUUCCAACAAUAAUUAAAUUAAUUAAUUAAUCAAUUAAGGGCGGUGAGAAAGCAAGAUAAAUGAAACAAUCAGGAUGUGGAGAAAAUGGAAUGGCUUUUGAUUUAAUCAAACUGUCUAUUAUUGUAAUGUAUGUAAUGGGAUGGGAAUUUAGGUAUGAGUGAGUGAUGAUCAAUCAAAAAAGUGCAACUGUGAAAAAACAAAAUGAACAAGUUACAACAACAAAAAAAAAAUUAGUGUAGGGAAAAUUUGUGUCAACAAAGGUAUUAAUUAACCAGUUGACACAGCUUUCUUUGUCUAUAAUCGAAAUCGAAUCUAUAAAAUUGGUUUUUGGUUGGUAA